AAUGUUGAAUCAGAGUAUUUUUUCAAAAAUGUACGCGAAGGUGUUCUGCUUACUCAUUGUUAUUGUCCCAUCAAUAAUAAACGCACGUCGCGUGUACCUCCGUCCGGCUGAAGGCGGAACAUCAAAUGUGUAUACGUUGAUAAAUUCGGUGUGGGGUUCUGGUGCAACAUCCGAAAACCCAGAUUGCAGUCAUCCAUCUUUUGGCAGACACAUUUAUCAAGGCAACGAUGGUGCAUUGAAUAAACAAGUUUUCUUUUUCGUUUCGCAUGUGAAUCCGGAUAACGACCGAUGCAGAAAUUUCGAUCGACAACGCAACGAAAUUCGACCCGAUGAAGGUGACUUAACGGGAGGAAAUGGCGAGCGAAUGUCUUUUUCAUGGAUAUUCAGACUACCCGAUGGUUUUCAACCGUCCAACAGCUUCACUCAUCUUUUCCAAAUCAAGGCCGUUGGUGGCAAUGACACCCAACCGUUAAUUACUUUCACACCGCGAAGAGGAACACCGAACAUUAUGGAGGUCAUUUACAUAAAUUCAGCACACACAACGACGAGAUUGCAAACGGCUGAUCUUACUCCAUUUUUGAAUACGUGGAUUAAGGCCAGGGUUUAUGUGACAUAUGGUGUGGCAGCUGUAGGACGCUUUUCGUUUACGCUCAGUAUAAACAAUGGGCGCACUCUGAUGUCACAUUCUGGAAACAUACAGAUGUGGCGUAGUGGUGCUCGUUAUUAUCGAGGAAAGUGGGGCAUUUAUCGAAGUUUGAAUAAUGCUCAGCAAUUGAGGGAUGAAAUCGUAAGAUUCGACAAUAUUUGCAUUGCUAAGAAUGAUCCAGAGUGCACGUAAUAUUUUUCAUGAACUUUCGAAAUUGGAAAUAAAUUUUUUAAAUUUGAUUGAAGAUUGA